UUCAAGAAAUCAAAGUUUCAGAAUCAACAAAUAACACGAAUUACAAUAUUUUUUGAUUGUCCAUGCUACUCGGUUGACUAAUUCAUCAUGCGGAAUCAUCGAAAAAAUUGCAAUUAAGCGAAAUAAUAUUUCACAUGUAAUGUUAUUCACAUGGGACAUAAGAAUAAUAGUUCAUAAUCUUUCGAGCUUUCCAGCCGUCUUUCUUCCUCCGAAAAUCAAGUCAACGAGACCUGAAGGAAACGAUGGUUUAUUUUAGGGAACUCUGAAAAUACGCGCAAACGUCCCUCUUAGAGAUUCAGUUGCAUGUCGUUGCGAUAGGAUCAUGGUUCUUAAACAGUGUCUACUUUCAACAAUAGUCAUAACAAUUUUCUUCGGUGUAACGCCGGCUUUUACCUGGAAUCCCGAUAUUCAUCGUUACGAGAGCUAUGAUCUUGAAAAAGGCCCGGUCUUCUAUGAAGCUUAUUACCCAGACACCAAUGAGGAACCACACAACAGCUAUCAAGAGAAACGUUACUUUGAUCGAGGAGCAGUCCUAGAAAAGAGUUAUCAAAUACCUUCUGAACGUCUCACAUACCCAGAAAACAAUAUUCAAUUGGACAAUUAUCAAAACAGUGCAACAAAUGCUAUCCUUCAAAAUGAUGAUCGUUUCUCUCUUGAAUCGAAUACACGAUCUUUGGAUAUACAGGAAAUUUCGAAAAUAGCUAGAAGAGCAAUUUCCCGUGAUUUGGAAAAUUGGAACACGCUUGAGAAUUUUUUGGAUCGCGUCAAAGAUCAGGAUUCUUUUUUUCGUCGUCGAAUCAUUGUUCCCGAAACGGGAUACAGAAUUGAACAACAAAUUCGUCGAAUCGAUCCUUUAUCGAAUUCUUUGAAACAACAACGAGGUCUAAGAAGAGAUCUGUAUGAGGAAAUUCAAGAAGAACCUUUAGCUUUGCCCAGUCGUAUUCAAUUGGAUGAAAGAGAUUCGAUUAGAAGAUUAACAACGCGUGAUCUUGCGAACAGAGAUACUUUAAAACCGAUCAGUUCGAUUCAAUAUAACGAUAAUAAAGCAUCACGAGAACAAGAAGUGAUACAAGCAAUAAGAACGAGUCAAUUAAAUACACCGUUGUUAAAAGAUGCGAAUCCAUCAGAUUCAAAAUCAAUUAUAGAUUCUUAUCCAAAAGAAAAUAUUUUUGCACCGCGACCUCAGGUUAUCAAUUAUAUUUUUUCGAGAAAACCAGAACUUACUACGCAAAAUAAAGCUCAAAAUUUAUCUCAAACAAAGAAUAUUAGUGAAUUUAUACCUAGAAAUUAUGGAGAUAAUUUGAUUCAAAAUGAGAUGAAGAAAACAGCGGAGAAUAAGGAUGUUAAAGUAACAUCCAUCGAAAUUAGCGAAGUACCUAAACAUAAGACUCGUCAUCAUCAUGGGGAAUGGCCAAAACGCGACUAUUCUCGUCAUCAUCAAUCUUAAAAAAAUAAUUCUUAUUUCAAAAAAAAAUAUAAUUAUGUUUAAUCAUCUAUUUCAAGUUAAUAAUAUAAAAGAAACGUAAAGAAAUGUUUUCAAUAUCGUUUAAUUGAAAUAUUUAUUCAAUAUAUGAUACAACAAUGAUACAAUUUUCUAUAACAAUAUAUGUAUAUAUAUUUUAUUUCGCUUUGUUCAUUUAAACUUUUUAUUGUUAUAUUUAUAUAACUAUACACAUACUAACAAGCAAUAACAUCGCAUAUAUAAGAAAAUAUGAUUUUUUUUUCGUAAUGCGCAUGGAAGCAACAACUUGUUAAUAUUUGACGAAUAAAUAAAUUGAUAAUGCAAAAACAUAUAAGAAAAUGAGAAUGACAAUGAUCAUGAUAUGAAUUUUAAUAAUAUCAAUUAAUAUGAAAAUAUAUUUCAAAUUUUUUUCAAGAACAUUUCCAAUAAAAAAAACAUAUCAAAUAUGUUUAAUUGAUAAUGAAUGCUUGGAAAGGAAUGUUUGGACAAAUGCCUUUUCUGUUUAAUAAAAUAAUAAAAUGAUAUAUUCAAGUGUAAUUGAAUUUAUGAAUGAAUCUUGGAUGAUGCAAUAAUUAUAAUUAUACGAUGUUUGACGAGGACAAAAACCACAAGUAUUUUAUAAGUAAUCUACACUAUUGGAACACAACUUCGUCUGGUGAAUAGUCUCAGUUAACUAUAUCUAAAA